AGCGUAAGAAGUACAGUAACAGCACCAGCCUUACAGCUCGCUCUUAUAUCCUUUCUCAGUAACACGAGGGCGAUUCGAUAGGCUGAGGCAGAGAUUUUGCGAAAUCAGCCAAUGGGAGUGCGAAUCGAAUUCUAGCCAAUGGCGACGAUUUACGGAGACCUAUCAACGGAAGGGCCCGACUCAGCCAAUAGAAACUGAGACUACAGGAACCUAAUCUACAUACAGACACUAUAAAAAGAGGGCGACCGUAGCUGCAGCAAACGUUUCUGCGGUUGGUUUUUCACUGUUCGUGGUAGUCGAUCAUCGCUAUGCCCGAGCCGGCCAAGUCUGCGCCCGCCCCCAAGAAGGGCUCCAAGAAGGCGGUCACCAAGACCCAGAAGAAGGGCGACAAGAAGCGCAAGAAGAGCCGCAAGGAGAGCUACUCGAUCUACGUGUACAAGGUGCUGAAGCAGGUGCACCCCGACACGGGCAUCUCGUCCAAGGCCAUGGGCAUCAUGAACUCGUUUGUCAACGACAUCUUUGAGCGCAUUGCCGGCGAGGCGUCACGCCUGGCGCACUACAACAAGCGCUCGACCAUCACGUCGCGGGAGAUCCAGACGGCCGUGCGGCUGCUGCUGCCCGGCGAGCUGGCCAAGCAUGCGGUCUCCGAGGGCACCAAGGCGGUCACCAAGUACACCAGCUCCAAGUAGAGAGCUCUGGAUCUUUGCUUUUAACCCAAAGGCUCUUUUCAGAGCCACCCACAUUUUCAGUAAAAGAGCUGAAGUGCUGAUAA